UCGGAGUCCUGCAGUGCCAUGGCUACCGGUGGCGGCGUGACCUCCAGAGAGGGGCUGCGCUACGCCGAAUACCUGCCUCCUUCUGCCCAAAGGUCGGACGCCGACAUCGACCACACAGCGGGGAGAAGGUUGCUAGCUGUAGGACUAGGUGUUGCAGCUGUUGCAUUUGCAGGUCGCUAUGCAUUUCAGAUCUGGAAACCUCUAGAACAAGUAAUCACGGCAACAGCAAGGAAGAUUUCCUCUCCAAGCUUUUCAUCCUACUAUAAAGGAGGAUUCGAGCAGAAAAUGAGUAAGCGAGAGGCUAGUCUUAUUUUAGGUGUAAGCCCAUCUGCUGGCAAGGCCAAGAUUAGAACAGCACACAAGAGAAUUAUGAUUUUAAACCAUCCAGACAAAGGUGGAUCUCCUUACUUAGCAUCCAAAAUAAAUGAAGCAAAAGAUUUGCUCGAAGCAUCCAGCAAAGCUAACUGAUGCUAAAGGACUGUACAUACCGAGGGAAAAUGGAACAAACGCACAGCUGUAAAAGUCCUUCAGAAGAAUGUGGCACGUGGUCGUGUUCCAUACUGACCCAGUCUGUUUUCUGUCAUUAAGUGUGCAGCAAUAAAAGCCUGGCAGCCUUGCAGCCUUGGUCUGGCAGGGACUUCAUCCGUC